AUGAGUUUGUAUUCAAACAUUAGGACAUUUCUGACACGUUCCAUCGUGUUGAAUAGAAUCAAGCCAUUGAAGUUUGAGGAUUUAACCAAAAUCAAAUUAAGAGAACCAGUCGUACCUAGAGUAGCUAAUUUCGAAGUAUCGCCUGACCAUCCAUUAUGGCAAUUUUUCCCUCAAGGUAAUAAAACCAAAGCAGCAAUAAGAGAAUCAGAAGAGUUAGAUUUGGACUCCAGAGAAUGGACUUCUGCUGAAUUGCGUCAGAAAUCAUUUGAAGAUUUGCACAAGAUCUGGUAUUUGACAUUAAAAGAAAGAAAUAUUUUGAGUCGUGAGGUUAGAUUGGGUGAAUCUUUGGGAAUGGGUGAUUUCAGGCAAUUUAACAAUGUGGACAGGAAAUUAAUUAAAACUCAAAAGAGAAUAAAACAAGUGUUAUUGGAAAGACAGGUUGCCGUUGAACGUGCUCAAGCAACUAUGCAAGACGACAUUCAGGAAUAUUUAGAUGAUUUUAAGACCCGAUAUGUUAAUUGCGAGGCCGAUGAAGUUGAAGAUUAUCAUGAGAAAUUAAUCAGAUUACAAUACGCUAUAUUUGGUAUAAAUCCUAACUUGUCGUUGGAUUUGUUACAAGAUGAAGAAACGAUAGAUGUGAAUUUCAUUAAAGGGCUCUCUUACGUUGCCAAUUUGAAAGUAGAUAGGUAUUUGACGUUGAAUCCUCAAACGGAGUUUGAGUUGCCAUUGAACGGUCCGGUUGAAGAGUUACCAUUUUUCUUGAAUGAUGUCGAAGUUGCUAUUUCACAAGUGAAGGAAUUGAGAGAUUCAGGUAAAUCACGCAAGUUGCACAAGAUUGAAGUCAUUCCGUUCUUGAAACAAGCCAUCGAAAGUCAUAUGCAACAAGAGGAAAGCAAGAUUUAA